UAUAACCAUGGUCAACCGAUGUUAGGUGGUCUUAACCAUUCUAGCUUCUCCCUCCUUCUCUCUCUACCCCCUCUCUCUCUUUCUCUCUCAACAAAACUCCAUUGAACAGCACCUCUCGUCCAAUCUGUGGAAGUCAGAGUCCCUCCCAACAUAUCCCCAUUCUCUCAACAAAAUCAUAAAACCUUAAAACCUGAGGAGGGGGGAGGCUCUGAAUAAUUUAUGCGUAUAUAUGUAGAGAGAGGUUUUUUUUUAUUAAUUCUUUGAUAGUUUCUUCAAUCUGUAAUUUGAUUGCAUUUGAUUUAGUUAAUCACGGAAAUCUAGCGCGGACCUAGUUCGGGAAAUCAUGGAACCCUCGUCGAAGAAGCUCUCGCCGCUCGAUUUCAUAACGGCGAUCUUAAAAGGCGAUAUAGAGGGGGUGGCGCCGCGGGGUGUGGCGGCGAUGUUGAUGGAGAAUAGGGACCUGGCGAUGGUGCUUACUACGUCCGUUGCGGUGCUCAUAGGCUGCGUCGUGGUGCUGGCCUGGCGGCGCACCGCCGGAUCGGCGGGGAAGAAGCAGCUGCAGCCGCCCAAGCUGGUGGUGCCGAAGCCGGCAGCGGAGCCGGAGGAGGCGGAGGAUGAGAAGACCAAGGUUUCCGUCUUCUUCGGCACACAGACUGGCACAGCUGAAGGUUUUGCGAAGGCAUUUGCUGAGGAAGCUAAAGCUAGAUAUCCACAGGCAAAGUUUAAAGUAAUUGACUUGGAUGAUUAUGCUGCCGAUGAUGACGAGUACGAGGAGAAGUUGAAGAAGGAGAGUUUAGCAUUCUUCUUCCUUGCCUCAUAUGGAGAUGGUGAGCCUACCGACAAUGCCGCGAGGUUUUACAAAUGGUUUACUGAGGGAAAGGAUAGGGAGGACUGGCUUAAGAAUCUUCAGUAUGGAGUGUUCGGUCUUGGGAAUAGACAAUACGAGCAUUUCAACAAGAUUGCGAUAGUGGUAGAUGACCUUAUCACCGAGCAAGGAGGAAAGAAGCUUGUCCCAGUAGGCUUGGGAGAUGAUGAUCAAUGCAUUGAAGAUGACUUUAGUGCAUGGCGUGAAUUAGUGUGGCCUGAGUUGGAUAAAUUGCUCCGCAAUGAGGAUGAUGCAACAGUUGCUACUCCAUACACCGCUGUGGUUUUGCAGUAUCGUGUUGUGCUCCAUGACCAAACAGAUGGAUUAAUUACAGAGAAUGGCUCACCAAAUGGUCGUGCCAACGGUAACACUGUUUAUGAUGCUCAACAUCCCUGCAGGGCAAAUGUUGCUGUAAAGAGAGAGCUCCACACUCCCGCAUCAGAUCGUUCUUGCACUCAUUUGGAGUUUGACAUAUCAGGCACAGGACUUGUGUAUGAAACAGGGGACCAUGUUGGUGUCUACUGUGAGAAUUUGCUCGAGAAUGUGGAGGAAGCAGAAAAGUUACUAAAUCUGUCUCCACAAACAUAUUUUUCAGUUCAUACUGAUAACGAGGACGGCACUCCACUCAGUGGAAGCUCUUUGCCACCUCCAUUCCCCCCUUGCACUUUGCGAACAGCUCUAACUAAAUAUGCAGAUCUUAUUAGUAUGCCCAAAAAGUCUGUGCUAGUUGCAUUAGCAGAAUAUGCUUCCGACCAAAGUGAAGCUGAUCGUCUCCGGUAUCUUGCAUCCCCUGAUGGAAAGGAGGAAUAUGCACAGUAUAUAGUUGCAAGUCAGAGAAGUCUACUUGAGGUCAUGGCUGAGUUCCCAUCUGCGAAGCCUCCUCUAGGUGUUUUCUUUGCAGCAAUUGCUCCUCGCCUUCAGCCCAGAUUUUAUUCUAUCUCAUCCUCCCCGAAAAUCGCACCAACCAGAGUUCAUGUGACUUGUGCUCUGGUCUACGACAAAACACCGACAGGACGAAUCCAUAAGGGUAUAUGCUCUACAUGGAUAAAGAAUGCUGUGCCUUUGGAGGAAAGUAGCGAUUGCAGUUGGGCACCAAUUUUUAUUAGGAACUCUAACUUUAAACUCCCUGCUGAUCCUAAAGUACCGAUAAUAAUGGUCGGCCCCGGUACUGGCUUGGCUCCAUUUAGGGGUUUCCUUCAGGAAAGGUUAGCUCUAAAGGAAUCUGGAGCUGAGCUUGGUCCUGCCAUUUUAUUUUUUGGUUGUAGGAACCGUAAAAUGGAUUUUAUUUAUGAAGAUGAGUUGAACAGUUUUGUCAAAGUUGGAGCAAUUUCCGAGCUCAUAGUUGCAUUCUCACGGGAGGGACCCGCGAAGGAAUAUGUUCAGCACAAGAUGUCUCAAAGGGCCUCGGACAUAUGGAAGAUGAUCUCUGAUGGAGGCUACAUGUAUGUCUGUGGUGAUGCCAAGGGAAUGGCACGUGAUGUGCACCGAACUCUCCACACAAUCGCACAAGAACAGGGUUCUCUGAGCAGCUCCGAAGCUGAGGGCAUGGUCAAAAAUCUGCAAACAACGGGAAGGUACUUGCGCGAUGUAUGGUAAUGAGGCCCUCGUCGUGUGGUGAUUCGGGUGGAGAGACAAGGUCGUCAUUACAGUAUUGCUAAUUUCUGAAGUAUAAAGGGAGGCAAUGUGCACAGACCACUCCUUGCCUUCAGAAGAUUGUUGUUACAAUAUCAGUUAGUUUGUGAAUUUUGUUUUCGUUUCAUUCUUUUCUUUUCUUUUCUUUUUUUGCUAUUUUCCCUCUCGCUCGCUAAAAGAUUAUUUCGUUCGUAUAAUUUAUACUACAGAUGUACGAUACGCGAUACGCGAAUAAUGUCGAUGCAAUGUUAGAUAUAGUGACUCUUGAUGAGCCAGCAAGAUGGCUGAGACUAAGGUUUUUUGAAAAAAGAAUCCUUCAUGUAUUAUGAUUUUAAUAUAAUUUUGGGUUAAAACUUAAAA